GUCACUUUUUUAUCAUUGUGAAUUUUUUCCCGUCCGACUUGGUUCGUUCUAAAAAAGGUUCCGCUCAAAAAUAUAUUUUUUAUUCCACGUUUUUAAGGAAGAUAAUAUGGUCCGUGUCAAACAGACCCCCACUAAGUUGACCGGGAAAAUAGCUCCCCGUAAGCAGCCUGCCACCAAGGCUUCCCGCAAUUCGACUACCUACGGUUAUGCAGUGGGAAAGACCUAUCGUUAUCGUCAGAUCCAUCGGUACCAAAAGUCGGCCGAGUUGUCCGUCAGCAGGCCGGCCUUUCAGCGACUGGUUUGGAAAAUCGUUAAGGACAUGUUUUUGGAGAACGAUUUGCGUUUCCAAACGUCAGGCAUUGAAGCCCUGCAUGAAGCUUCCGAAGAAGUUCUAGUGACUCUUUUGGAAGACAUGAAGUUGGCCCGCCGCAUCUAAGCCGACCGUCCCAUCACACCCUUCUGAUUUGCGUUUUCUUGAGGGAAAGGAGCCUUUUUUGGUGACCGAAACGUCAGCAUGCCGAUGCGAAGAGCAACACCAUACACAAAACAACAACACACUACAUUAAGGUCAACAACUCCAAAAAAUGUCUGGCUGGCGGACCCCGAAUUCAAGAGGUCCGUGGUGUUUGAGACGACUGCUCCUCCUUUUUCCUAUUUUCCCUAAAAAGGGGAAGAGAGUCUUAGCUUGAUCUUUCCAAAUCUAAACCGACGCCUGCCCUUGAGUGAGCUUAAAAGUUUUCAAAACCAAUAAUAAUAAAGCACAGCAAUAACCAAAAAAUUAUAUUUAAACAAAGUGGUAACCAAAAAAUUAAGAAUAAAACAAAUA